GCGCAGCCACGUUGUGCCCUACCUUGGAAAGUGACAGUCUCCAUGGCGACCAUCAGCAGCAGCUCUCGCAGUGGAGAUGGCGGUGGUCCCCAGUCACAUUUACUUCAAAUUUGUCGCCAGAUGGACCCUAGAUGGGCUGCUGCUUUAGCAAGGAGGCUGGGCCGGGUCAGACCACAGAGAGGAGCAGCCUGCUGCACCCCCCGCCCCAGGAUGGCCUCCACGAGGCUGUGGAGCAAGUGAGGCAACAGGCUGUGGCCGUGGCACAGCAUGUGUGCCUGGAGGAAGAAGAGGCCGGGCCGCCCCAACGGAAACCUCCCGAUCACGAGAAAGGUCAUCCAGAAAUUGACAGCAAAAUGCGCACGAUUGUUAGCGAGAAGAAACUCAGAGCGGCAGUCUCUCACGAGGGGGAGUUGGCUAUUCUUAUCCCGACCGGCACAAGUGUACAGGCGGACCCGGGCUCUGAAGCAGGCCUGACUCACUCCCCCACGCACAGCUGUGACCCGGCUCCCUAUAUGGAGGUGCUCAGCCAGAGUCCAGCCAAACAGAACAUUAUGGAGAACGCUGCACGCCGAGCUUUGUGGUUCACUCAGAACCACAAGGGUCAGAAGCUCCCGAAGCCAGAAGGAUGUUGGUCCACUCCAGCAGUGAUGAGUCAGGCUGAUGCCGACGACCCGAAUUUGGGGGACAACUUGGCUCAGCGGGAACCCCUCAGAACUAACAAUGAAGAUGGGGAGGAAAGCUGUAUUGUCACUGCAACACUGGGUCAGGACUUCCAAACGAGGACCCAGCGGUUCUACAGCAUCUGCUCCAUUGAUGACCUUGACCAUUAUGACCCCAGCCGGUCCCAGACAUCUGCUGCUCCCAGCCAAUCAGAGACCUCACCUCUUCCUCAUGUAUCUGCACAACUGCAGAGCUCACCCUCCGAUCCAAUAGCUCUCCGCAGUGGUUCGAGAAGCAUCACAGGGUGUCAUGUUGGCACCUGUGACCGGCAGCCACCAAGUGGAACCUCUGAAGGUGCUCUGCCAGUGGUUACGAACACAAGCAACGACAUGCGUGAGCAGAUGAAGAAGCUUCCAGACGCUAGUGUGUCUUCAGAUGUUCAUACAUCAAAGAAAACACCUGUCACUUUCCAGGAGAACCUAGUGGACCAUGUCCAAACUUCAGAAGAAGUCCAUUCCAGUGUGGGCUGCGCUCCAGAGCCUCACGUCACAGAGCAGCACAAAGAGGACGACCUCUCUCCGUUCGCCGUGGAUAAAUCAUCAAUACAGAGUCAAAGUCAAAGUGAGCAAGAUGAUGUCAUCCAGAGCAGCACAAUUCUCACUGAAGUGUCCUUUGUCUGGACCGUCUCAACCCCACCUCCUGAACUCACUGCUCCGUCCCACACCAGCACUCUGAUCACGGCCCUCCAGUCUCACGUGUCCACAUCUGAAGAGCAUGUAGGUGUAGAACCUCCGCGACAGGAUGAUGAAGACGGGAGUGUCACAGUCAGUUCACCUGCUGAUGUCCAGGUCAUGUCAGAGCAGGACGCAUGUUCUGGACGGCAUCAUGGGUUGGAUUUCAAGGCAAGCCUAAAUUGUUUUCCCGCUUGUGAAUGUCCGAGUAUGUUUUCUACAUCAUGCGAGGAGACAAGCCCAUGCAGCCAGCUGAAGGUAGAACCUCCACAGGAGGAAGAAACGCAGACAACAAAGAGUCCAAGUGAUCCAGUAGAACGAGCAAAUGGACCUGUGUUUGAUCAAGAGCAAAUGCUGCACUCAUCUUCAGAGGCGUGCCCCAAUCCAAACACGUUUGACUCAGAAAUAGUCCAAGUGGACACCUGUGUGACUCCAAAUGGAACAGGUGGUCUGGAUGAGGUUGCGUCCCUGCAGCAAGACCACAGAUUCCUAGUGGAGCCGCACCAGCUGGACGUUUAUGCCUCCACACCGUCCUAUGAGAUCCACUUCCUGGGUCAGGAGGCUCCCGCACCCAGCGAGGAAGUUGAGCGUGAAGGUGGGAUGAGGGAGAUGGUGUCGGAGCUGCUGGGUGAGGACACCGACCCCUCCGUGUGCCACCUGGAUCCUGACUCUUGGAUCAGGCCCACUGUGGGGGGCGGAUGUGAGGGAUGGUCCCAAGGGGUGCCACAAAGCCAGGGAGAUGUUCUGCUAGGAGCGUUCCCAUACGGCACCAUGAUGCCUCAGGGGCCGUGUGAGUGGGGGUGGCACACGGGGCGCCCUCAGGCUCCGCCUGUUUCUGUGCAGACCCUUAACCCGGAUGCUGAGGUGUGGACCGGAUGCAACUACAAGUUCUUGCAGGCUCAGCAGCCAUGGAUGCACCUCCUCAGCCAGGUUGAACUGGACGACACCAGCCUGGCUCAGGUUGAAGCGGAUCCUGGAGCAGCGGAGGAACACAUCCCACCGGAACCUGACAAAGAUGGACUGACGGAACAGCUGAGGUCUGUGUUAGAGUUUUGUCUCAGCAGGGAGCAUCUGGCCAACGACUUGUACCUCCAGUCUCAGAUGGACGACGACCAGCACAUCCCUUUAGCAACCCUAACCGGCCUGGAUGCCAUCAAGCACAUCAGCACAGACCUUCAGCUCAUCACAGACAUUGUCAAAACGCUACCACAUGUCCAGGUGGCACCUUGCGGACUGAAAGUGAGACCCAGCCAAAGUCAGUAUGUCCUCAUUCUGCGCGAGAUACCCAGCACCACCUCCCGCGAGGAAGUAGAAGCGCUCUUCAGUGAUGAAAACCUGCCCGCGUUCCUCAGCUGUGAGUUUGUCAGCAGCGAUAACUGGUUCAUCACCUUCAGGUCGGAGGCCGAUGCCUACCAGGCCUUUAGGUACCUGCGAGAGGAGGUUCAGGUGUUUCAGGGGAAGCCCAUCAUGGUGAGGAUGAAGGCCAAAACCACAACGUUCGCUUCUCGUGCACCUGUCAAUGGCUACGGCCCGGCCCAUAUCAACAUCAUGGGCGAUCAUCACACGUCCUAUUUGCCCCCGGCCACCUACCAGCAGCUGUACGAUUUCGCCUACCCCGUGUGGUCCAAGUCUGCAUACUCCGACUGUGCUGAGCCGCUUGAGCUUGAUGAUGCCCUUAACGGGUUCCGAGCAGCCUCUCACUUCAAACCGCACGUCCCACGAAGGAACAGCAAGAGGGGCGUGAGGCCGUCCAGCUCGGAUCAACUCGGGAAUCAGAACUACUCUCACCCGGCGGAGCAAACCUCAGAGCAGCGCUCCUCUUUCUCAAGGUCGGGUCGGGGAUGGUCGCACUCUCGAGGGAACGUGCCUCACCAUAACAGAAGGGUUGUCAAUGGCAACCAGAGGAGAAAAGAGAACCCGCGCUCUGGUACCAGAACUUUACAUCUUAAAACACCAUCUCCUCCUCGCCAGCCGUCUCCUGUCGAACUCAGCGUCUCAAACUUUCCUCCGCUCGGUGUGCAGAAGAAGAGUGAGCCAGCAGAACCUUCAUCCAAAAGCACCCAGGAGCUCACCAGUGAGACCUACAAGAAGCUGAGCUAUGCUGAAAUCUGCCAGCGGUCUUCGUCCGACGGGUCGGCACUGCUCGCUGAACCUGCCACCUCGUCUUCUGAGGAGCCCCACUCGACUGCAGAAUCUCCCUCAGCAUUGUUGCCACAGUAGUUGUGAGUCCUGUUAGCUUAUUGCACUGGUGCAUCUAGUGCAGUGGUCUGGGGCUGAACAUCAUUCACACUUAUUAAUAUUGUUAGAUUACUUUAGUGUCAUUUUUGGUUUUGGUUCCAGUGGAUUGUGUUGUUUUUCCUGGUGCUAUCUUGCGGUGGGGGCGCUUCCUUGUUCUGUUAGCCCUUCACUCACACUUUGUUGCCAACGUUGGUGAGAUUUCCCAGCAAGAAUGAAACAAAAGCACAGACUAACAUGAAUCUCAAGUUGCCUCUUGCAUGAGUUUCAUUUUUAUUUCAUUUUCGGACACUUUUUUCAUUUUAAAAUGUAAUAAUAGGUUGUAAACAUUGGAGUUUGUUUUUUAAGUCCGUUUUUGUUCGAAAUCCAAUCAUUUAAAUGUGAAUCAGGUGCAUGUGAUUUUGUACAGAUGUGUAUAUAAUACCCAGCAAUAUUAAAUAAGUGCCUUUU